AUGAGGCGACAAAAUCACAGCUGUGACCAGUGCCGAAGGUCGAAAAGAGGAUGUGAUGCUCCCUCCUUGGAAGCAGGACAACGCAGCUCGAAUCUGUGGCAACUGAAUAACGGUAAUAGCUCUUUCAAGUGCUCUUACUGCAACAAGACCAACAAGACUUGCACAUGGGAAUGGGCAAAGGCUCAGACACUCCAACGCGCGAUCGCAUAUGGAUCGAAGUCCCCUCUGAAAGGAAUCUCCGGGAGGAGGCAUCCUUUAAUGGACUACUCCAUUCCGAACGACAUCCCCUCCUUGCGGACUGAGGUAUCGGAGGAUCCAACUACGACGUCUGAUCUCCCCGGCGAUGCCGACGCUACCAUUUCCUACACUAUAGAGCCGCAAUUGUCUGAAUAUCCGCCCGGGAGCGAUGCAAUCUCGCCGGCUCAAUAUUGCUACCCACUGCAAGAUGACGGUCUACGGUCGCUGACCAAGAGGCGACGACUCUCUUCCAAUGGCAGUGGCUCGCAACGCACCUCUCUAUCCAGAUUUUCCGUCGACCAAGAAAUGAUGUCACAUACCAAUAGCCAGCUGAUUUCGACAAACCUGCUCCAGAUAUACCACGAUGUGCUUGAGCACAAUCUCUCAUGUUGGCUGACGGAAAUCAACAAUCCAUUGACGACUCAGUCGCGGCAUGGGGAUACAGAGAACCGUGCGGGCCUAGUCAGGGAAUGGGGAACUGCAUGGUCUAAUAGGAUAUAUACCCGAGCCAUCCAGCUAGACCGCGAAUCCAUAUCGGCAAACUUGGUGCGCUUGACGCCUGCGCAAGAUGCUUCCGUCACUAAUGCCCUGCAUCUUGCCAUCAUGGCAUUUGCUACGCAGUGGGCGCAAGGAAGCCAUCGACAAAGAGAGCGGUAUCCCACGACUUCCACCUCCUCGGGUGAUGAAUCGGAUGGGUUUGCCGAGGAGUUUGAUCGUAGCCUUCAGCACCAGAUAUGGGCCCAGGCCAAAAGGGCUCUGCAGGAUGUUGACGAGCUCGAGUCCUACAGGGUGGCAUUGGCUGAGCUGAUAUUUGGAUUGACACAGAAGGCAUGGAAUCAUGAACCUGGAGACAGAGACCUUGGAGGAACUACGAAUAUUCGCUCUCGUGGCGUUGGCUUGGAAUCCGAAGUGAAGGCACGACUCGGCGACAUCAUGUCAAGAGAGGGGCCGCCCAUUUACAUGGAGAGAGCUGCUCGGAAGGUUCAAACGCUACAGGCUCGAUAUAACGCAGGCCUGCGAGGCAUUGGAUCCUCGGUGGUAAUCAACAAUGGAGUUGAAGCCGCUGGCAAUUCCCAGUUCUUCUCCAGCAAGGAGAACAAAGAGACCGCAGGACUCCUGUACUGGUUCGCCGUAAUGUUUGACACGGUAUCCUCGUCGAUGAACGAACGGCCCGUCGUCGUGCCCGACGAAGACAUCCCGCGCUAUACAGACGAAGAUCUCCCCGAUACAGCAACGGAGGAUGACACUCCUCCACAGGGGAGGUGGGAUGUUGGGUCGUUUGUUCACGAUGAUGUGGAAAACCCUGCUUAUAAGCCUACUUGGCCAUGCCCGUACGAGGACGCCGCCAAAGCUGUUACCAAAGCCGCACCAGUCAAAGUCCUGCUGUUUCGACAUUUAUCGUAUCUUCAGGGAACACUACGAAGAGGAGCCCGAGGGGAAAGAGUGGAAGAUAUCAUCAGCUCCACCCUCUCUCUCUAUCGUUACUGGAACAAGACAUACGGAUCAUUCUUUAGAGAGUUGAUGCUCGAUGUCGACUCUGUGCCAGAGCGCAUAAGGAGCUGGUUCUUUUGCAUAUCAUGUCAUUGGAACCUCGCUGCACUUAUGAUAGCCGACCUUGUUGCAUUUGUCGACAACAACAACCUCGGAACUGACAUCGAGACGCGGGCACGUACCGAGGGUAGGAUUGCAUGGAGGAUACGAGAUGCAAGCACUCAGGAGCUCUCCGAACUUGCAGUCAUUUCCAUCCCUUGUCAAGGAUUACACGACGAUUCAAAUUUUCAUCAUGCGGUCAACGAAGGCACCAUUCUGACGGAGCCCUGGACAAUGAUCCUCAUAAGGGCUUUCAGCAUGGCAUCCGCCAUACUUCUUGGGGAGGCAGACGAAGCUCUUCGCCACGGCGCGGCGCAGCUGGGAUACACAGGCGGGCACUUCGAAGAGACCCUUGGAAAGGUCAUGAACUGUAUCAAGGCUUUGUGGCAUCUGGGGAAGAAGUCGGACAUGGCCAGAAAAGCCGCCGAUUUCCUCUCUUUGACUACGGACAGACUGCAGGCCGACUACGGAACCGGGGGUGUGGUAAUAGGGUGA